GAGAGGAGAAUAUUGAUGCCGGUGCAUAUGCUCUAUCUUCUCUCUCUAGAAAGAGAAACAGUGAGAGGCUCUCCCACAUUUGAGGCGUACCUGUCGCUUGUAGACUCCCACCAAUGCCGCUCUCCUCUCCAACUGCUUCAAAUUCAGACAUUUCCCUAAUUUAAUUCAGCGGCUAUUUCACCAAAUGGAAAUCGCAACGAUAUUGGAAAACGAAUAGCAAAGAGAAUUGGCUUUUGUUUGGCUCUCAUUUUGUUUGUUCGUUGGUUCUUCAUUCAUCGUUUUUAUGCAUGACGACGGCGUUACCAACUUGUUUUGCCCAUCCUCUUCUUCCUCCUCCUCAUCACCACCGUUAUCAUUGUUGGAGUUCUGAUUGAUUCUCGUAACUUUAGAUGAGUAGCUGUAGUUCUGUCCUCCAUUUCUUCGAUAGACCAUUUUAUUUUUUUAUUUUUAUUUUUUGUUUUUGUUCUGAAGAUGGUCCCUUAUAUUCAAUUUAGAGGGCCCUGUAUUGUUCUCUCUCUCAUUGUCUUCACUAUCACCAUUACUUUGGUCCACUCCAAAACAGAUUCAUCUGAUGUUUCUGCUCUGAAUGUCAUGUAUAGUAGCUUGAAUUCUCCUUCUCAACUGGAUGGUUGGAAAUCAAGCGGAGGUGACCCUUGUGGCAGUUCAUGGAAAGGAAUCAAAUGCUCAGGCUCAUCUGUAACUGAAAUUAAAUUAUCUGGCCUUGGACUCACUGGAUCAAUGGGUUACCAACUUUCAAGCCUGACAUCUGUCUCCUCCUUUGAUCUAAGCAAAAACAACCUCAAGGGUGAUAUACCGUAUCAACUUCCUCCUAACGCUACUAACAUAGAUCUUUCAAACAAUGACUUCACUGGUAAUGUGCCUUACUCAAUUUCACAGAUGAAAGGCCUUAAAUACCUAAAUCUUGGUCAUAAUCAGCUCAAUGGACAGUUGAGUGAUAUGUUUGGACAGCUUCCCAAAUUGUCUCAAUUGGAUCUCUCCUUCAACACACUGUCAGGCAAUUUGCCUCAGAGUUUUAAAUCUCUCACAAGCCUCAACACAUUGUAUUUGCAGAACAAUCAGUUUACUGGUAAAAUAAAUGUGCUUGCAAGCCUUCCUCUCGAUAAUUUGAAUGUUGCAAAUAACCAAUUUACAGGCUGGGUUCCGAAUAGUUUAAAGGACAUAAAAAACAUUGAGACUGGAGGAAAUUCUUGGUCAUCUGGGCCAGCUCCUCCUUCUCCCCCUGGUCAAAGAAGCUCUCACACUGGUACAGAAUCGAAAAAGAAGUCUGGUUUAAGUGGAGCAGCCAUUGCUGGAAUAGUAGUUGCUGUUUUGGUGGUACUUGCAAUUAUUAUAAUUGCUGUAGUCUCAAGAAGAUCUUCUUCUUCUCCUUCACAUCUUCUUGAUGAAGAGAAGCUUAGCCAACGUAGACCCUUUACACCACUUGCAUCCCAGGAGUUAUCUAGUGACUCCAAGAACUACAAAGAACUCAAGUCAUCAGACUCUUUGUCUUCAAUUCCUGUAAAGGGUUUGCAAACAUCUCCUUCAAUUGAUAUUAAGCCUCUGCCUUUGGAUCAUCUCAAAUCUUUCGAUGAUAAUGAGUUUGUAAACCAUACAAGUAUCAAAAGGAGCAGCUCCAUCAGUGUUACAAGUUGUUCUUUGGCAGAUUUGCAGGCUGCCACUGGUAACUUCGCAACAGGUCGCCUUCUUGCUGAAGGAUCCAUUGGACGAGUAUAUAGGGCCAAAUACGCUGAUGGGAAAGUUUUAGCAGUGAAGAAGAUAGACUCGUCACUUUUCCAAGGUGGGCAAGGGGCAGAUUUUACGGAAAUUAUUGCAAACAUCUCCAAGCUUCGCCAUCCAAACAUUGCUGAACUUGUAGGUUAUUGUUCAGAACAGGGACAGAACAUGUUAGUAUACGAGUAUUUCAGGAAUGGUUCACUUCACGAAUUCCUACACUUGUCAGAUGAAUUCAGCAGACCACUUACCUGGAAUACCAGAGUCUUAAUUGCUCUUGGCACAGCCCGAGCUGUUGAGUACCUGCAUGAGGUUUGUUGUCCAUCCUCUAUUCACAAGAAUAUCAAAUCUGCAAAUAUAUUGCUUGACAACGAACUCAAUCCUCGACUCUCUGACUGUGGCAUGGGGAUCUUUCAUCAGCGCACUAGUCAAAACCUGGGGAAUGGGUACAAUGCACCAGAAUGCACAAAGUCUUCAGCUUUUACAAUGAAGAGUGACAUUUACAGUUUUGGGGUGGUCAUGUUGGAGCUGUUGACAGGUCGAAUGCCUUUCGACAGUUCAAAGCCAAGAUUAGAACAAUCUCUAGUCCGAUGGGCCACCCCACAGCUCCAUGACAUUGAUGCAUUGGGAAAAAUGGUGGAUCCUGCCUUGCGUGGACUCUACCCUCCUAAGUCAGUUUCUCGAUUUGCUGAUGUGAUUGCUCUCUGUGUGCAGCUGGAGCCGGAAUUCAGGCCGCCCAUGUCUGAAGUGGUGGAGGCAUUAGUCCGGUUAGUUCAGCGGUCGGAUCUCAGUGGUUCUCGUCGGGGGGAUGACUAUGACUACUAUUGAGUUGUUCCUUUUGGUAUAUUGUGUACACUAGAAACAUAUACAAAAUGAAAGGCAUAUUAUAUUACCUUUGUUUUGUAAUUUAUGAGUUUUUUUUUUUGGGAGUAAGAAGCCAUUUAUAUAGUGAAGUCUAACGAAAUUUAAGAAAUGUUCUUUGCCUUAAUGUUAUGUAGAAUUAGUUCAAA